AAACGCAUAUAUAUUAUGGAAAAGAGCCUAUUACGAGCGGCAAAUUCGCCGGACUUUCGCAGAUCCGGCACAAAUCAGCGAGCUUCUCUCGAAAACGAUAGCGGACGCGCACGCGAGGACAUGCCUGGUGUCGACGGAACAGAUCCAGGAGUCCUUCCGGAAGCCCACCGACAUCUCCAGAAUGAUCUACUACAAGAACAUGGCGCACGAGCAGCUCUGGCUGGAGUGCGCCCAAAAGCUGACCACCGUCAUCCAGCAGAUCAUCGAAUUCGCCAAAAUGGUCCCUGGAUUCAUGAAGCUCUCGCAGGACGACCAGAUUGUUUUAUUAAAGGCCGGUUCCUUCGAGUUGGCUGUGCUACGAAUGAGCAGGUACCUCGAUCUCCAGCAAAACUGCGUCCUAUACGGCGACACCUUGCUACCACAGGAGGCGUUUUAUACGACGGAUACGGCGGAAAUGAAGCUUGUUUCCUGCGUGUUCGAGCUGGCCAGAAGCAUCGCCGAGCUGAAGCUCACCGAAACUGAGUUGGCGCUCUAUAGCGCGGCUGUUCUACUUAGCCCUGAUCGACCGGGACUGAAGUGCCUGGGAGACAUCAAUAGGCUGUCGCAGGCGGUGAUCAGGGCGUUGAGAUCGGAACUGGAUCGGAAUCACGUUACGCCGAUCAAGGGCGAUGUGACCGUGUGCGACGCGAUUCUCGCCAAGAUAUCGCAGCUACGGGAGAUCUCGCUGCUACACAUGGACGCGCUGGCGAAGUUCAAACGGUCGCAGCCGCACCUCGAGUUCCCGGCCCUCCACAAGGAACUCUUCAGUGUCGAUAGCUGAACGAACGACGCGGCGCGGAACGUCGUCCCGGCGCUGCCGAGCGGACAGGAGCGCGAGUAGCGUCCCCGGACCUUGCUCGGUCAAGAUUAUUUCCUUCGUAAUGAACGUAUUGGGCCUUAAAUAAACAUAAAAAAAAAACAUUGUUAUAUAUAAAGUAUACAUAAAAAAAGCAACAUAAAGUAUAUAUACAGAAGAAAUAUAUAUAUAAAUAUAAAGUAUAAAUAUAUACAUAUAUAUAUAUAUAUAGUGUGGAUGCGUAUGUGUAUACACGCGCGAACGAUACGUCUCGGAGAAGCAGAGGUGUAUACACAUACGCGUGUCGUUAUAAGAUUAUAUUAUAUAGACCGAGAGAAAAAAAAAUCGCGAACGCGUGCGAAGGGAGCGAGUGAGAGCGUGAGGCAAGUGCGUGUGUGUGAGCGAGAAACGACGAGUGUGAGUGCUGAUCGGAGAGAGAUAUCGGUUGUUACGAUACAUACAUAAAGUAUAUAUUGUAUUAACUAAAAAAAGAAAUAGUGGACGGUGGAGAGGGGGAGAGGAGAACAGUGAUUAACCGAGUCCCCGCCGGGACGGUCCGAGGAUGGAUCCGCGAAUAGUCGAGGACUGAUGUUUCCGCGAAAAGUGAAUCUCGGUUGGGCCGCACGUGCGAGACAUAGACAGACCGAUAUUAUCGCACCGUCGAACACGAGAGUGCGUACGACAGGCGGGCGAACCCGAAUAGCAUCGACGAAGGGCAGAGCUUAUUGCAGAGGACGAGGAACCGUGAAACCGCGCCGGAGUUUAGGUGUAAUUAGGCGCGAUAUAAUGACGACGACGUGGACGUCUCUGUUCCCAUUACAGUUUUUCUCCGCAAGCUUUCACUCGAUCAUCUCUUUCCCAUUUCUAUUUUUAUCUUGCCCCUGUUAAUUACCGCACCUGUGUACCGAUUGUUAAUGAUGUAAUUAUUAGUGAUAAAAAUAUGUGAUGAUGAUACGGGAUAGACAAAUGCUUAGGGAAUUAAGAAGUUCGAUGAAGACUGUUAAAAGUAGGAAAGAGAGAAACUUAGGGACAGAUAAAAAGAGAAAGAUAUAAAAAGUUUAAAGCCAAUUAGGGGCUGAAAAUCGAAACAAGAAAAUAACAGAAUUUGUAGAACUUAUAAAAGCAUGAUUUAUUGAUUGUCAUUAUUGUACAAUCGACAUGUACGAAUUGUGAAACAAUUGGAGCCUCUUUUCUCUGCUCGUGCAGUCUGUAAAGGACCGAUAUAUUUAUUCGCUAAAUGUUCGAACACAAAUGUUGAUUGAGUAAGGACAUACGCAGCAAAUACAGCAUCUUCUAUUUAAAGAUACGACAAAAUUACUCUUUUAAUCACGUUGUCACAUCAACGCGCGUCACAUUACCCAUUCGAUAGGAACAAUUUCUUUCAACUUAGAAUACUCGGCGAAUAAACGUACCCUUUUACGUGCAAUUAGUUAAAAACUCAAAAAACAUCGGCUGCGGUUGCGCGUUCUGUCGCCGCCGCGAGUUCGAGUAGUGAUUCGAAUAUAGUUCUGAGCUACUUUAUAGCAUAAAUACAUAUAUAAAUAAAUAAAUAUAUAUAUAAAUAUAUAAAUAAAUAAAUAAUUAUAUAUAAACACUAUAUAUAUAUAAUAUAUAUAUAUAUAUAUAUAUAUGAGAGUAUAUUUCGGCGGAACUACCGAGAUUCGACGGUCCUCGCGAUUGAUAAGAAUAAUGAGCGAUUAUAAAGAGUGAUCUCGUUCCCGGACCAACCCGGCCGGAUCUCACGGUGACACGUAACACGCUCACGAAUCCAUAUACAUACAUACAUGCAUACGUACACACAUACAUUCUUAUAUACAACAUAUACACGCAGAGACAGACAGACAGAG